GAAUGCAUUGGGUGAACAGAGAUAUUGGAAGUAAGGGGCGUCUCAAUGAUUACAGAAAAAUCCAAAGUGGAAACAAGUAUGGCAAUUGCUGAACAAUCAUAAUCAUAAUAUAUAAAGAACUCCAAAUAAUAAUUUAUCUUUACACAUAUCGAGGCAACAAAAAAUACCCACACACAAAAAAAGAAAAGAUCAUAUAUUUAGCUUGAAAUCUUGUUUGAAGAAAAGAAAAGAUCAAAUUUUUAGCUUGAAAUUUUGUUGUAAGAAAAAAAAGAUCAAAAUUUUAGCUUGAAUCUUGUUUUAAGAAAAAAAAGAUCAAAUUUUUACCUUGGAAUUUUGUUGUAAGAGAAAAAAGAUCAAAUUUUUAGAUUGAAUCUUUGUUGUAAGAGAGGUUUUGGUUUGUGGGGUUUGAAGAUUUUUGUUUUGUUUUUUUAAAGAUUUUGGGGAAAUUGAGGAUGUGGGGUUUUGGGGGAAGGUAUUAUUGGGGGAGAAAAGAGAGGGGGGAAAUGGAAGGAAUAGUUGUGGUGUUCGCAUGGAUGUCAAGUCAAGAUAAACAUAUCAAGAACUAUGUUGAUUUAUAUUCCUCUCUUGGAUGGAAUUCUCUUGUUUGUCACUCUCAAUUCCUUAAUAUGUUUUUUCCUGAUAAAGCUGCAGCUUUGGCAGCAGAGAUUGUGAAUGAGCUUGUUGAGGAGCUAAAAGUUAGACCGUGCCCUGUUGUCUUUGCAUCUUUUUCUGGUGGACCAAAAGCUUGCAUGUACAAGGUUCUCCAGAUAAUCGAGGGCAAAUGUGAAGAACGUGUCAAUCUGGGUGAGUUCCGGCUUGUUAGAGACUGUCUUUCGGGCUACAUUUUUGAUUCUUCUCCAGUUGACUUUACUAGUGAUCUGGGUACUAGAUUUAUACUACAUCCAACAGUUCUUGGAAUGUCACGUCCUCCUCCCCUAGCCUCAUGGAUAGCAAAUGGAAUUGCUUCCAGUCUGGAUGCCCUCUUCCUUAGAAGAUUUGAAUCACACCGUGCUGAGUUUUGGCAGACUCUGUAUGCUUCUGUUAGCACCGGUGCUCCCUAUCUCAUAUUGUGCUCAGAAGAUGAUGAUCUUGCUCCCUAUCAAACUAUUCUUAAUUUUGCUCAGCGACUUAAAGAUCUCGGUUCUGAUGUGAAACUGCUAAAAUGGAGUAACUCCCCUCACGUAGGUCACUAUCGGUAUCACCAACUUGAAUACAAGGCUGCAGUGACUGAGGUACUUGGAAAAGCUGCUACGAUCUAUUCUCAAAGAAUCCGUCAACUUGAAGGGGAGAAGAUGGGGUUGGAAGGGUCACACGAUGAAAUCUCGGAGCCUUUAGGGAAUCUUAGAAAAGCAGCUGCUACUGCUAAUCAAAGCUUCCAAAGAAUUGUUCUUGAGUUGAAUGACCACUUCGUUGUACCCAGCUCUGUGGAAUAUCACGAGGGCAGUAAUUUCGGAUCAGUUCAGCACGAACAGAAAGAACGAUACAUUCCCCUAUCAAGCCCACCAAGAAUCAACGCUCAUGGUGUUCUUGGUCAAGUUCUAUUUGACGUGUGUGUCCCAAAGGUUGUUGAAGACUGGGACAUUAGGUCAUCACCAACUUUCAGGAAAGUAUCAUUCCCAUCAACUCGAAGGCAUUCACCUUUCAAUCCUAUGAAAUGCAUUCGUCGUUCAAGAUUGUAGGAUGUCUGCUAAGUGAAGAGAAAAAUGACAUGGGAAUAUCAAGAAUAUACAGACAUGAGAACGCCAUGAAAGAAACACGAAGACUCUGUAGGCUUUGCUUGUUCUUUUCGUUGGCGAAAUAAGGAUAAUCCUCAGGAAUCCAGAGGUACAUUACUUAAAUAGGCAAAAUGUUAACCUGAUUUUGCAUGGAGUUUGCUGUGUAAAAAAAGAUCAAGUCUACCAAGUGUUAAUGUUACCAAGCUUUCCCGUUUCAUUUGUUGCAUUACUCUGAUUGUACAUAGCUUGAAGAAAAAUAUAUCUCUUUGCCGACUCCAUCUUGUCUGGGACUGAGAUGUAGUUGUUAUUGUAUUUGUAUUUACAUGAAAAAUCUGUUCUGGUCGA